AUGGCGUUGACAGGCGGCGACGUUGCGCGGCACAACGACGCCGAGUCGUGCUGGGUCAUCAUUCACGGCAAAGCUUACGAUGUGACCGACUUUCUGCCCGAACAUCCAGGAGGCUCAAAGGUUAUAUUGAAAUAUGCCGUGCGUGACCUCGCCCUGCUCACCGGCUGCCUCGUGUGCUCCAUGAUGGCCACUGUGCCACUGCUAACCAUCAACAACGCCUUCAUGCAGGGCAAGGAUGCCACAGAGGAAUUCGAGCCCGUCCACCCUCCCGAUACCCUUGACAGAUACCUUGACAAGUCGAAGCACCUUGGCCCCGUGGACAUGGGAACCGUUUCCAAGGAAAAGACACACGACCCCCAAGAUGAUGCGCGCCUCGAGCGCCUCGAGCAGAAGCCGCACCUGUCGCAGUGCUACAACCUGUUCGACUUUGAGGCUGUUGCGCGAAGAGUCAUGAAGACAACUGCCUGGGGAUACUACUCUAGCGCUGCCGACGAUGAAAUUGCGCGUAGCUUCCCUGCCCUCCUCUGA